GUUGGGUUUGCAGCCACUGCCGCCGCUGCUGCGCUUCAGUGCAGGGCGAGGGAGCGGCGAGCGAACCCCGGGCCAGGAGCCUGGAGCGGGGGGAGCCGGGAGCUGGGGAGCCGAGAGUCGAGAGCCAGCUGCCGGCAGAGCUGCUGCCGCAGAGGUAUCAGGGUCUAUUUCCGUCCUACAAACACCGAGGCCAGCGCCCGGUGGCUUCUGCGCCCAGCCCGGUCCAGAGGGGAGCAGGUCAGACACUUUUAUUUCGCAAGCAAGGCGCGAGCCCAGCUUGAGCUUCUCUCCUGGCCUGGCUUGCUCUUCAGCGCGUCCCAGCUCUGGCCCGGGCUCUGGAAGAUGACACUCUGGUCUGCCCAGUGUAUUCCAGCGGCGACGGCCCGGGGAGGUAGCCAAAAGUAGUAACACUUGGUAGUAGCAGCUGGUGGAAAAGUGAGCCGAGGCGUCACGGACUCGGCUCUUCCCGCGCCCAGCGCCGGCUGCUCUUCGCUGUUCCUCCCCCUCCGCUCGCCGGCGGCCGCAGCAUGAAGUGGCGCAGCGAUGGCCAGGAGAGGUAAGAAGCCGGUGGUGCGGACGCUGGAGGAUCUGACGCUGGACUCGGGUUAUGGUGGCGCGGCGGACUCUGUGCGCUCCUCCAACUUGUCCCUGUGCUGUUCCGAUUCUCACCCGGCGUCCCCGUAUGGCGGGAGCUGCUGGCCGCCUCUAGCUGACUCCAUGCACAGCCGGCACAACAGCUUUGACACUGUCAACACUGCCCUGGUGGAAGACUCCGAAGGGCUGGACUGCGCCGGCCAGCACUGCUCACGGCUGCUGCCGGACCUCGACGAGGUUCCCUGGACCCUCCAAGAGCUGGAGGCGCUGCUCCUGCGCUCACGGGAUCCCCGGGCAGGCCCAGUGGCCCCCGGCGGCCUGCCCAAAGACGCGCUGGCCAAGCUGUCGACGCUGGUGAGCCGGGCGCUGGUACGCAUCGCCAAAGAGGCACAGCGCUUGAGCCUGCGCUUCGCCAAGUGCACCAAGUACGAGAUCCAGAGUGCCAUGGAGAUCGUGCUGUCCUGGGGCCUGGCGGCACACUGCACAGCGGCCGCACUGGCUGCGCUGUCCCUCUACAACAUGAGCAGUGCGGGUGGCGACCGCCUGGGCCGCGGCAAAUCCGCGCGCUGCGGCCUCACCUUCUCCGUGGGCCGCGUGUAUCGCUGGAUGGUGGACAGCCGCGUGGCGCUGCGCAUCCACGAGCACGCAGCCAUCUACCUGACGGCCUGCAUGGAGAGCCUCUUCCGGGACAUUUACGCGCGGGUGGUGGCCUCUGGGCUGCCCAGGAGCUGCAGCGGCCCGGGCCCAGGCUCCAGUUCAGGCCCAGGCCCGGGCUCGGGCCCCGGAGCUGCCCCGGCGGCGGAUAAAGAGCGGGAGACGCCUGGAGGGGGAGCGGCGAGCGGCGGCGCCUGCAGCGCAGCCAGCAGCGCCAGCGGGGGCAGCAGCUGUUGCGCCCCGCCAGCCGCCGCUGCCUCUGCCGCCUCAGCAGCCCCACCGGUCGCCGCCUCAGCCAACCACCACCACCACCACCACCACGCGCUCCACGAGACGCCCAAGUUCACCGUGGAGACGCUGGAGCACACCGUCAACAACGAUUCCGAGAUCUGGGGGCUCCUGCAGCCCUACCAGCACCUCAUCUGCGGGAAGAACGCCAGCGGAGUGCUCUGCCUGCCAGACAGCCUGAACCUUCACAGAGACCCGCAGAGGACCAGCAAGCCGGGAGAGCUAGCCAUGUUCAGCCAGUCCGAGUUGAGGACCAUCGAGCAAUCCUUGCUGGCCACCCGUGUGGGCAGCAUUGCAGAACUGAGUGACCUGGUGUCCCGAGCAAUGCAUCACCUGCAGCCCCUCAACGCCAAGCACCAUGGCAACGGCACCCCCCUACACCACAAGCAGGGGGCGCUCUACUGGGAGCCGGAGGCCCUGUACACCCUCUGCUAUUUCAUGCACUGCCCACAGAUGGAAUGGGAAAAUCCCAACGUGGAGCCCUCCAAAGUCAACCUCCAGGUGGAAAGGCCCUUCCUCGUGCUGCCGCCGCUGAUGGAGUGGAUCCGGGUGGCCGUGGCGCACGCCGGCCACCGCCGCAGCUUCUCCAUGGACAGCGACGACGUCCGCCAGGCCGCCCGGCUGCUGCUGCCCGGCGUGGACUGCGAGCCGCGCCAGCUCAGGGCCGACGACUGCUUUUGUGCUUCUCGGAAGCUGGACGCAGUGGCCAUCGAAGCCAAGUUUAAGCAGGACCUGGGUUUCCGGAUGCUGAACUGCGGGCGGACAGACCUGGUGAAGCAGGCGGUGUCUCUCCUGGGGCCGGAUGGGAUCAACACCAUGAGCGAACAGGGCAUGACCCCCCUGAUGUAUGCCUGCGUCCGUGGGGACGAGGCGAUGGUUCAGAUGCUGCUGGAUGCCGGAGCUGACCUGAAUGUGGAGGUUGUCAGUACUCCUCAUAAAUAUCCAUCCGUCCACCCCGAGACCCGCCAUUGGACGGCUCUGACUUUUGCUGUGUUGCAUGGACAUAUUCCUGUAGUUCAGCUCCUCCUGGAUGCCGGGGCCAAGGUGGAGGGCUCUGUGGAGCAUGGCGAGGAAAACUACUCAGAAACGCCCCUCCAGCUUGCAGCCGCCGUAGGAAAUUUUGAGCUGGUUAGUUUGCUGUUGGAGCGUGGCGCAGACCCCCUGAUAGGAACCAUGUACAGGAAUGGGAUUUCUACGACCCCUCAGGGUGAUAUGAACUCUUUCAGCCAGGCCGCAGCCCACGGACACAGGAAUGUGUUCCGCAAACUGCUCGCUCAGCCAGAGAAGGAGAAGAGCGAUAUCCUGUCCCUGGAGGAGAUUCUGGCCGAGGGGACUGACCUGGCGGAGACAGCCCCGCCCCCCCUGUGUGCCAGCCGCAACAGCAAGGCCAAACUCAGAGCCCUGAGGGAGGCCAUGUACCACAGCGCUGAGCAUGGCUACGUGGAUGUCACAAUUGAUAUCAGGAGCAUAGGUGUCCCGUGGACACUGCACACGUGGCUGGAGUCUUUGCGGAUCGCCUUCCAGCAGCACCGCAGGCCUCUCAUUCAGUGUCUGCUGAAGGAGUUUAAGACCAUUCAGGAGGAAGAGUACACGGAGGAGCUUAUCACCCAGGGCCUGCCCCUGAUGUUCGAGAUCUUGAAAGCCAGCAAGAACGAAGUGAUCAGCCAGCAACUGUGUGUCAUCUUCACUCACUGCUACGGGCCCUACCCCAUCCCCAAGCUCACGGAGAUCAAACGGAAACAGACCUCACGCCUGGAUCCUCAUUUCCUUAACAAUAAAGAAAUGUCAGAUGUUACCUUUCUGGUGGAAGGAAGACCGUUCUAUGCUCACAAGGUGCUGUUAUUUACAGCCUCUCCAAGGUUCAAAGCGCUCCUCUCCAGCAAACCAACGAACGACAGCACCUGCAUAGAGAUCGGAUACGUGAAGUACCCCAUCUUUCAGCUGGUCAUGCAGUAUCUCUACUAUGGUGGCCCAGAGUCACUGCUCAUCAAAAACAAUGAGAUAAUGGAGCUUCUGUCUGCCGCUAAAUUUUUCCAGCUGGAGGCUUUGCAGCGACACUGUGAGAUUAUCUGCGCAAAGAGCAUCAAUACUGACAACUGUGUGGAUAUUUACAACCACGCAAAGUUUCUUGGGGUCACAGAGCUCUCGGCGUAUUGUGAAGGCUACUUUCUCAAAAACAUGAUGGUCCUCAUUGAAAACGAAGCAUUCAAGCAGCUCCUAUAUGACAAAAAUGGCGAAGGGACGGGCCAGGAUGUGCUCCAGGACUUACAGAGGACGUUGGCCAUCAGGAUUCAGUCGAUCCACUUGUCAUCUUCCAAAGGUUCUGUCGUAUGAAGCGUCCCGUCCAGGGAAUGUUCCCCAGGGACGUGCCAGUUCACCUGUCGCAUUGGCUUCACACGAACAUAGAAAUCUCACCUGGCAUCUGUUUUUGGCUGAGCCAAGGAGCUGCCUCUACUGCCUCAGCGUCUCUUGAAUAAGCAAAUGCAGCUCCCGGGGCCUCCUCUUGAGAGACAAAGGACAUGCCACUGGCCUGCAGAUCAGAUCGCAGCUGAGUCCGGAGCUAGAAGGUCAACGUGGCGCAGCCAAGCUGACCUCAUCAGAAAGCACCCCUGGGGCAGCUGAACACCCAUGGCCAGGGACCAUUGUCCAAUGGAUGGACUGAGAACGAAAAGCCCUUCAGGUUCCAGGAGCACGUCCCUGUCCUGACCCUGAUAAGCAUUAUAUUUAUGCCAUAUUAAGGACUUGAGUAGCUGUACUUCAGCAAGAAUCAAUCAUGGUGGCAAAUUGGUGAGACUGACACGAAUAACGAAGACAUCAUUUGGCAAAAUUUUUAGGGGUGGGAACUUUUUAAAAUGUUCAUUUAAAAAAAACAAAAACAAAAACAAAAACAGGGCAGCCUUGUAGUUUCCAAUCUAUUUCUAAAAGCUUAACCGUUCAUUUUCAAUUGAAUUGUGUUUAGGGAAUCUGUGUUUUGAGAUUUCUUUUCCUUUUUUUUUAAACAGUAAGUCGCAGGUCUGCACUGUAUCAACAUGCAUCUGACAAGACAUUGCUGAUCUUCUACACAAGGUGAAAUAAUAACCUUGCCUUAGUGAUCAUGGUUACAUGGAAGAGGUGCACUGCCAAUAAUUAUCUCUAACUCAAUAGCUGAAGAAACCCUGCAUGCUGAUCGUGGUUUCGGGGUGAGAAUAAAUCCCCCCCAUAAAAAAAAAAAAAAAAAAAAAAACAUGCAUUUGCAUGGGCCCGAACCUGUGAGAUAGUAUGUUUGUGCUUCAUUUUUGCCAAGGUAAAAAUGUCCCAUCACGUCUUGCUAAAAGUCCAUUUAGUGAAACUAACACAUCCAUGUCCUUUCCUAGUUAAUGAAUGAUUCGGGGAUGCUUUUGCAGAAAUGCGUUCGCAGAGGAUGCUGAAUUGAGAAUGGGGAGCGGGGCACGUCAGAGGAUUUACUAUGAAUCCCAGAGUUUUCUCUGUAUUCUCCGAAGAUGUCAAUAGUUUGUUACUAGCCAGAGAAUAUGACUAUGUUAGAUUAUUUUUAAAGAUGAAAUAUGUAUGAUAGGAUGGAUUCUUUCUGUAUUCUGAGAGUGUACAGUAUAGGGUUAUCUAUAAUGAGAGUUUAUAUCGACAGGGUUCCGUUUGCUCUGCCAUAUAUUAUAAGCAAAAGAAAUUAGUGAAGUGCCACAAUAUUCCAAAUAAUUUUUGAGUUGCCACCUUUUUUUUUUUCCUCUUGUCCUUCCAUUUGAAACCUACAUAACACGCAGUAAAAACUAAGAGAGUGACUUUUACCGUUUGGGAUGGCGAAGUUUCAUUGAGCCACCUGUUUCCUAGCAUGCCUUUGGGAACUUGUGCACAAACCCUAGAUUCUAAAGGAGCUGGUAUUCAUCUGUUGUAGUAGCUCCCUGAGCCAUUGUUCGGAGGACCAGAGCCAAGUCUUGUUGCAUGGGUAUGACCCGUGCAGUACCUGGGCCACAUCUGUCUGCAGCACUGGCUCUUCUGUGAUGCUGAUACACAAAGCCUCUCUUCCACUUGGUCAUUUGCAAACCUCCCCAGCCCCUGCCAUCCAUUGAGGAAGGAAAAAAAAAAAACUGCCUGCAGAGGAGUCCAAGUUAACAGAUACCCAGCGCAUCCUGAGUCAUCGCUGCCUCCCACCUCCUGUCCUUAGAGAUGCUGCGAGGACAUUCCCUUAACCGCGAAGGACUUCCCUGUGAAUGUCUGAUGCUAGUUCAGGGCCUCUGGGCAUUGAUUUGUACGGUGGCAACUCCUGACGGGCUUCUGUUCUAGUUUGGUGUGCUUUCUCUGUCAUUAAAAGAAAAUGAUUUUCCCAA